UAAAUUGUGAUGCUUGUGCAUAACUGCAGCUGUGAUUUGUGGAGUCACUGCGGUCGCUGGGCAGUGGGGGUUGGAGGGUGGGUCAGGGCUGCAGCCCCAUCUCUACCCCUGACUCUGUUUCCCUUUCAGGGCUCAUUGCAGCCAAGUUGCCCGUCACUGCUCGGUUGGGAGGGGACGUCUCCCUGAGCUGCAUCUUCCCAUCCCAGCCUGGGAUGAACCUCCAGCACCUGAUCCUCACCUGGCAGAAGGAACAGGUGGGGGCAGAGGCCCUGGUGGUUCAUAGUUACUAUUAUGGGAAGGAUCAGCUGGCGAGACAGGAUGAGGCUUAUAGAAACCGGACCCAGCUGGAUCCAGAGGGGCUGGCCUGGGGGAACGCGUCCCUGCUGCUGAGAGGUGUCCGCAUGCAGGACGAGGGUGUCUAUUCCUGCCAUGUUCAUUCUGAGCUGGGUGGGACUUUGGAGACGAGACAACUUAGAGUGACUCAAACGGACCACUUCCUGGCCAAGCUGACCAGGCUUGCAGGAAAUGCUGCAGGGCUGAGCGACUGCUGGGUCCCUUUGCUGAAUCUCUGCCUGAUGCUGAUCGUACCUGUUCUCAGAUGUCUGCAGGGGGCGUUUUAG